AUGGAGGACCGUGGGUUCAAGCGUUUUUCGGGUGAAGAUGAGGACGCCGGGAAGGCGCUGAAGAAGUGGAAAGCAUGGGCCACUGCCAAGAUGCUCACAGUGAAGGACCUGUCAAAGGCCCAACGUGGGCCGUGGUUGUUCACCCUGCUGGAUGGCAAGGCCCUGGAGGCAUGCGAGCACAUGACGUUGGAUGAGAUGUCAGCCGAAGAUGGCGACGCCAAGAUUUGGAAACUGCUUGCUGAGCGGUUCCCAGAGAAGGAACCCCAGGAUCAGAUGGGAGAAGUCUUGGGCGAGGUUUUUGCCCUGGCGGCCAAGGAUGCGAAAGUGGACUUCCCCACUGAGGCCCGUGGCUGGAUCUCUCUUCACUGCGCCGGCUUUUCCGAGGAACAAAAAGCCAUAGUGAAGGCGAAGACGCAGGGCAGAAUGGAUUUGGAGACUAUGAAUGCUGGAAUCCGUUCUUGCUUUCCGAGCUAUAAGGCCACCAGCUCCAGGUCGAGACGGCCGACUGCUGUCAUGAUGGCAGAAGAGGAGCAAGUGCCAGAAGAGACCUUGCCAGAGCAGAGCGCUUUUGAGGACGUCGAGGCGUUCUUGGCCGACGACGCCUUGGCUCCUGGUCCUGACGAAGGGCCAGUUUCGGAGACAGAGGCUGCUGAGGCUUUGGCUGUGUCUUGGAAGGAGCGACGGCAAGAGAUCAGCAAGCUGAACAAGAGCCGCCAGUUCCAGCAGGCGGACAUGGCGAAGAGAAGUUUUCGCGUCGAAGUGGAGGAGCUGAAGAAGAGGACAAAGUGCCGCAAGUGCGGCCGAGUGGGGCAUUGGGCCCGCGAGUGCCGGGCUCGCACCAAUGCCUCGGGCAGGCCCAUGGCGCAGGGCAAUGCGGCCAACUACACCUCGUCUUCAUCUACGGUGCCAGCCAAGGGAGGAGCUGAGACGCUCUAUGUGGAGGCCGACUUCUCCGAAACAGUGACGGACGAGGUCCACUUCGUGGGUGCUGCAGAGGAGGCCUUGUCAGCCAGCCUUGUGUCGAGUCCCGGGUUCGGGGUGAUUGACUCGGGAUGUGGAAAGACGCUCAUCGGCGAGGACACGCUGGAAGCGAUGAUCCCCAUGCUUCAAGGCCGUGACAUCGUGAAAAAGUCGCAGCACAACAGCUUUCGCUUCGGAAAUGGCGAGGCCGAGGAGUCACACAUGGUGGCUCGUAUCCCCGUAGCCAUCGCUGGUCGCGCCGGGGUGAUAGAUGCAGCGAUGGUCAUUGACUUUGUCCAGCAGCAGGCCAACAUGCUCGGGAUGGACAAGCCCGUGAACCUGCAGACAAACGCCGCUGGCCAGCUCUUGAUAGAUCUGGUUCAGUUCCCCUCAUCCACGAAGCCGAGCGCUGCAGUGUCCGCCGAGGCCCUGUCAGCCGACAGUGAUGGCGAUGCCCAGCCGGGCCCAUUUGCAGUGGCUGAGAUUUUCUCGCUCUCGCCCCUGGAGAGGGCCAGACUGGUGCGUGAAGCCCGUGCACAGGCGCUAGUUCGCAAAUAUGGCCAGAGCCGUGUUGACGUAAGCGGGUUGAAGGAAGAUGACUGCGUCGAGUGCGUGAGCCUCUCUGGGUUCGAAUGCUUGGCUGGAGAGCUGCCAAGAGCCCCAGAAAACAGGGUCCUAGGUAGCGACGUCGCUGCAGAGCCAAUGGCUGCAAGCAAGCGUCCAUCCGACGCAAUACCAGCUCAGCCGGCCCACACAGAAGGGUUUAAUGACCGUAUUGGGAUGGAUGUCAAGUACUUUCAGGGUUGGGCUCCAGGGUCUAAGGUUCCGUGCCUUAACAUCGUUGACUAUGGGAGUUCUUUUCAGCAAGUUGUUCCGCUAUCGGGCCGUGAGACUGGUGACAUGAUCCGCAAAGCAUAUGCCCAGUUUUGGCUGAGCUGGGCUGGCGUUCCCAACACCUUGGUGCUUGACCCGUCGCAGCCCAACCUCAGUCAGAGUCUUUGCCAGGCCUGUGAAGAUGAAGGUACUAGGGUUUGUCACGUGCCUGCCGAAGCACAUUGGCAAAUAGGCAAAGUCGAGAGGCACGGUGGUCUGCUGGCGACCGUAUUGAACAAAGUGCUUGCCGAAAUUCAGCCGCGAUCAGAGACUGAGUGGAAAGAGUGCCUGAUCCAAGCUGUUGCGUCCAAAAACUCUAUGCUUAACAUGGCUGGAGUAUCACCGUACCAGUUUGUUUUUGGCCGCAAUCCCCGCAUUCCUAGUGACCUGUUGCAAGACUCUCCGUCUCCGAUUGCCAAUGAUGCCGUGUUGACAGAGCCUGUGGUUGAAGCACAGAACCGCAUCCGUCAGGCAGCCCGAGCUGCUGUUGUUGCUGCGCAGGACCACAAGGCUCUGCGUGAGGCACUCCGUGCCCGCCCUCGUCUGCGACGUGACUUUGAGUCCGGCCAAUGGGUUGCCUACUGGCGAAGUCAAAAGCUCGAAAAAGGUAAAAUCAUUAGAGGGUUUCGCUGGUAUGGGCCGGCUUUGGUUUUAGGUAAGGUCGGACAAAAUGUCGUGAUUGCACACAGACGAUCCAUACUGCGUUGCGCUCCUGAGCAACUCAGACCGGCCACAUGCGAAGAGCAGCCUCCGCCUGAGGCCAUCGACGCGGAAGGAAGAGAGCUGUUAGGCAUGCGCCAGUUGCUAGACAAAGGUAAGUUCCCCCAGAACCAGCUGGUUGACCUCACCUCCGAGAGUUUUCCUCCUAGUCCCGAAGAACAAGCGCAGCCACUUCCGUCCGCGCAUCCCUUAGAGUGCGCCGUGCCAGCUGAAAUGCCAGCAGGACAGACGGCUGGUCAAAUUUGGGAGACCGCUCGGGACGAGGCGCCCCAGGCUUGUGCUGCCCCCGCCAGCAGUGGAGCCUCAACGCAAGUGCCUGAACCAUCUUCAUAUGCGCCUGUCCGUGCCCGGGUCAGGGGUAAGCAGCGCCCGAGUGAGCUCGAGCUUCACCGCCCAGCUGAGUUUUUGCAAGAAGAUGUUUCCGAGAUGCUUCAAGAAGUGCUGCCAAAGUUGCUCCCGCAAGACAGUGAACAGGUUCCUCUAGCGCCCCCCGACACACAAAGCCCUAGAGAGCCUACAGCAUCUCAGGAGGAAGCCAGCGAAGUGCUGUUUUGUCAGGACACUAUGGUUCAGUGGCGUCUUGACCACCCUCGGGCUCCUGAGUGUGAGGUUCUUCUAGCCGGGUUUCUCCAAAAACGUUUGCAAAAAGAACUUCCAGCUACAGGUAAUCCCGAGGAGCUUCAGGAACGCAUCGAAGAGGCUAAGGGUAGCGAGUGGUGCACUAUGUUGUCUAAGCCCGCAGUAAAGGUUCAUACGGGAGCUGAGGCUGAGAGGAUUAAGCGUGAGUGUCCGCAUCGCUUCAUUGGUAGCCGCUUUGUCAUCACCGAGAAAGUAGAGGAGGGUGAUCAGCGCAUCAAAGCUCGUUGGUGUCUGCAGGGCCACCUGGACCCAGACUUUCGGACCAAGGUCACAGACGGAGCGUGUCACUCUCCGACUAUGUCUCAGCUUUCUCGAGCCCUCUUGCUUCAAAUCCUAGCUUCCAAAAGGUGGCGCAUGUGUUUAGGGGAUGUCAAAGGCGCGUUCCUAGAAGCCGGAGCUAUCAAGCAUAAAUACCGACCCCUAUACGCUCGGCAGCCCCCAGGCGGCAUUCCAGGCCUGAACCCUUCUGACGUCAUUGAGGUGACAGGGAACGUCUAUGGGUUAAACGAUGCCCCCUUUUGGUGGUGGGAAACCUUUGAUUCCGAAGCCCGAGCCGCGGGUUUUGAGAGGUCUCAAUUUGACAACUGCGUAUAUUACUUCCGAGAGCCCAAGAGCCAUGAACUCAGUGGAGUACUAGGAGCACAUGUAGAUGACUCCAUUACCGGUGGAGAAGGCUUGGCGUACGAGGAAGCUGUGCGCAAGCUUCGUGCUCGCUUCCCCUUCCGAAAGUGGAGAAUAGGGGCUGGAGAAUUCUGCGGCGUCAACUAUGUCCAAGAUCCUCAGUCCUUUCCCAGCCCCAGGGUUGCCGACUUGCUGUAUGCAAACCAAUUGGUUCAAAGAGCCCGCCAGUUUCAAAGUGUCGAGAUCAAGGUUAAGAGCAUUCCCUUUGAACAGCUGUGCAUCUGCACACACAGUGACGCAGCCUGGAGCAAUGCCAAGGAGGAUCGCACACAGGCUGGAUAUAUCCUUGCCUUCACCGGGCCCGAACUCGUAGAGAAUAAACCUGCGCAGUGGAGCCCCUUUCACUGGAAGUCCUUUCGCCUGCACCGUGUUGUGCCCUCGACACUUGGAGGCGAAGCCCAGGCGUUCUCCACGGUGUCAGCCGUCGCUGAGUGGAUGAGUUUGCUUCUGGCCGAAGCCCGCGCAGGAAGCUUCGACCUUCGGACCUGCCAACCUCAACUCCGUGCCACGAAGUUGGUUGGGGUGACUGAUUGUAAAAGUCUCUAUGAUCACCUGCACACCCUAUCCUCAUUGUCCGGUGUUCAGGAUAAGAGGGUUUGCGUUGACAUCGCCAUUAUCAAGCAAAGCAUGGAGAGAGCAGGACUCCAGGUCCGAUGGUGUCCGACCGAACUCAUGAUCUGCGAUGCCCUGACCAAAGACAAGGCUGACCCUGCAGACCUGCUGCGAGCCAUUCUCGAACUAGGAACCUAUCAAUUGUCACCUGAAGCCCAAAUCCUGAAGACCAAGAAGGCGAAUCGAGAGCGCCUCAAGGCCUCUAAGGGCGCACCUUGGAGGUAUGAGUGA